ACUGUGUGUUGUCAUUGUGGGCUUGUUUAAUUACACAGGUUUGCAAAAAAAAUUCCAAACUAUUUGACAUGGUAUUCCUAGGUAUUUUGGCAUCCUGAAUCCUAUCCCGGGGUAUGAUUUGCCCCACCACGUCAGAAAACCCAGAUUUCAAGGUCAUUUAGAGGUUAAAAUGGUGCUUUUUCGGAACCGGCCCCGGGACAAUUUCUCAAGCGAUCUGUUAAGUUGAGGGGUAACUAUCUAGGUCAGCGCAGGAACAGCCCAGUGGAUAAAAUGUUACCAUGAUGAUUGUAUCUCACGAAUUUCAAUCUCCCUGCCAAGGUGUUCAAUUUCAGCGAUCCAUUUGCUGUGAGAUAAUGCUAGUGGAUCCAGCACUGACCCAAAUAGCCCUAGAACCUUGCCAGAACAUUGGAAACAAAUGGGAAAUAUGUACGAAUUUGAAGAUGGUAGCAAUACUUUUGGGACAAAUACCCUUCGUUUUCAUGUGAAUGGGACAGUCGAGCUCGUGAUGAGCAUUACCAAAGGAAGGUUUGGCUAUCAAGGGACAAUUUUGCUGUGGGUCAGAAGAACAUAUACCAAAUGAAAUUAGUGGAUCCCAAAAGUAUUUUACUACCUCCUGUCCAUAUUAAAUUGGGAUUGAUAAAACAAUUCGUCAAGGCUCUUAGGAAAAGAAGUAGCGAAGCCUUCCAAUAUAUCUACGAGAAAUUCUCAAAGUUGUCAGAUGCUAAAAUCAAAGAAGGGAUUUUCAAUGGGCCGCAAAUACGAGAAAUUAUAAAAGAUACAGAAUUCCCGAAGAAGAUGGUGGUAGAUAAGGAAGAAGUAUGGAAGAGCUUCGUGAAUAUUUCUCAGAAAUUUCUUAGAAAUACUAAAGUCCCAAACUAUAUGGAAUUGGUGGAGGGCUUGCUUCAGAACUAUAAAGCUAUUGAAUCUUUGAUGAGCUUGAAGGUCCACUUCUUGGAUUCGCAUUUGGGAAAUUUCCCAGAAAACCUCGGACAUUUUAGCGAAGAACAAGGUGAACGAUUCCACCAAGAUAUAAAAGAGAUAGAAAGAAGCUAUCAAGGUUUCUGGGACAUUAACAUGAUGGCAGAUUACUGUUGGAACUUGAAGAGGGAUACCAACAAGGGGCAUAAGAGAAAGGCGCUUAGAAGGAGUUUUGCUCAAACCUGCAGACCCCAUGAACAAGCACGCAAAGAUUGAGAAAUUGGG